AUCAAAAAUUUUCCGGGAAAAAAAAACAGACAAGAAACGAAAGGAAAGGAGGGAAAAGAGAAGAAACGGACGAGAGAGAGAGAGAGAGAGAGAGAGAGAGAGAGAGAGAGAGAGAGAGAGAUGGGGGCGUCGUCUUCGACCGAGCAAGUUUCAGUGGAGCAGAGGGAGGCGGAAAGUUUGGCAGCGUCGACUGGAGCUCUUUCUAUGCUCCAGAAGGCUUUCGCUUCACUCGCCGAUCCCCAAACAAAUACCAUUCCCCUCCACUCUCUACAGCAAUGCUUUAGCUUAACUUUUGAGAACCCAACAAGUGAAGCAACUGCGAUGCCACCAAAUUUUGAGGGAUGUUUGAGUAAUGUUGGUUCUUCUAUGGUUGGCGUAUUUUUCUUGGCUGAGAAAGGAGGAGUCAGUUGGAUUGAGUUCUUGAGAGGUUAUGUGAAGUGCUGUGGUAGGAUGUCAGCUUCGGCAUCAUUUAAUGCAUUAUUCAGGGUAUUUGCAAUGGCAGUUGUAAAGGCAGGCCUUCCUGAGAAACUUCAGUUUGACUCCGAUGAUGCUGAUUGUAAGAUGAGUGGGUUCUUAGUGCCCGCUGACGCACUCAUGCUUCUCUGGCUGUGUUAUAUCAUGGCAUGGAAUUCUAAGGAUUUGGAGUCUUUUGGAGGGAAAGGAGACCAUCAUGGUCUUCCGGAUUUGAGACAUUUGGUGCUAUCAGCUGUUUCAUGGAGCGGUGAAGUUGGCAGUGACUUCAACCCAUGGGAUUUUGAUAUCUUGGGCACCAAUGUGCAACUACCUGCAGCAAAGAUUCUUAUGUGGGCCUUGAAAACAGUGCCCAGCCUUCCUGAUUGCUUUAUGCAAUACGUUCAUGGGAGUAUUGAGAAAUCCUUUAGAUCAGAGCCAUCAUGCUCAGCAGUCCCUGAUCGUUCACCUGGGGUGGAGUGCCACAAUAAUCUUCUUAAUCAAGGAAGGGCCUGGGCCAUUUCCCUUACUCUUAGAAGCACUUUACAUGGAGAGAUGAUAAAAGCAUGCUUCCCCAGCUACGGUGGUGGAACAAAUGAAAGCCUAGUUUACCGGUCAUCUCUUCAUGGAAAAGGUUUGAACCGAUUUUGGUCAAAUGUUGAAGGUUAUAAUGGUCCGAUGCUGAUUCUGGUUGCUGCUAGUUUGGGAGAUGUUCUUGAUGAUAAUGGGAAUGUUAGGAGAUGGAUCCUUGGCAUACUUACUCAUCAAGCUUUCGAAAACAGGGAUACGUUCUAUGGAAGCUCCGGCAGUCUUUAUGCUUUAAGUCCAGUCUUUAAUGCCUUUCCAUCUUCUGGGAAGGAGAAGAACUUUGUGUACAGCCACUUGCAUCCCAAGGGUAGAGUGUAUGAUCCGCACCCAAAGCCUGUGGGUGUUGCAUUUGGAGGUUCUGUCGGGAACGAGAGAAUAUUUAUUGAUGAAGAUUUUGCCAAAGUUACUGUUCGUCAUCAUGCAGCUGAUAAAACAUACCAACCUGGUUCACUUUUCCCAAAUCAGGGGUUCUUACCUGUUGAAGCUUUAAUUUUGGACGUGGAAGUUUGGGGACUAGCGGGUAAAACUGCGAAAGAUGUGCAAACUUCUUAUAAGAAGAGAGAACAACUCUUCACUGAACAGAGACGAAAGGUCGACUUGAAGACAUUUGGCAAUUGGGAGGAUGCGCCUGAAAAGAUGAUGAUGGACAUGGUCUCUGAUCCCCAUAGAGUUCAGCGAGAAGAUCGAUAAUGGAGUAGCUGAACCACUGGAUUCUAUUUUCAGAUGUGAGUAUAGAAUGCCAUUGUUCAUAGCAGCGGAUUGUGCACGAGUUAUGGCUUAAUGUUUUUCCCUAGUGGGGAAUACGAAAGUGGAGUUUUAAACGUUUGAAUUUCCAGUUUCAUGUUUAGUAUCUUCGGCUCCCGCUUUGCUUUCCCCCUUUGUCAGACCCGAAUUCUCCUCAACCAAGCUGAUUUGUGAAGAUAAAGGAUAGUGAAAGCUUCUUAUAGAGCACACUCGGUUUGUUUGCUUCGCGGAUCAUGCUUUCUUAUAUGGAUGCCAAGGGCUGUUUACCACCGGACUAAGGGCUCUCCUCCGCGGAUAAAUUUGGUGUGCCGAUUUCGCUUGUCAUAGAGGUUGCCUGGAUAGUGUGAUCGACUUCUCAGAGGGGUAGAUUAUGGCAGUAGUAAUAUGGUUUAAUGACGAGGUUAUUAGGGGUUUUUUCCUUCUUUUUUUUCAUUUUGUAUUUUAUAAUUUUUAUAAUCAAUUACUAGUAGAAACCCAUGCUAUGCACAACAUGAGAGAUCAGAAUUUUAUUCUGAAAUAAACAUCACUGUAACACUAAAAUUAUUGUUUUGCGAACCAUUUAUUUUGUUUUGUUUGAUCGUCUUUUGUUUU